AUGUGUGCUGUGUUGCGCGGUCUCAGGAAAAGUGACGUUAUGGCAGCGGCUAGGUCCUCUCCAAACGUAUCUCUUCGAGAAGCCACCCAACGAAAACUGCGGAGGUUUUCAGAGCUGAGAGGCAAACCUGUGGCAGCUGGAGAAUUCUGGGACAUAGUUGCAAUAACAGCAGCUGAUAAAAAACAGGAACUUGCUUAUAAGCAACAGCUGUCAGAAAAGCUGAGAAGAAAGGAGUUACCCCUUGGAGUUCAAUAUCAUGUUUUUGUUGAUCCUGCUGGAGUCAAAAUUGGAAAUGGAGGAUCAACACUUUGUGCCCUUCGAUGUUUGGAAAAGCUAUAUGGAGAUAAAUGGAAUUCUUUUACCAUUCUAUUAAUCCACUCUGGUGGCUAUAGUCAACGCCUUCCAAAUGCAAGUGCUCUGGGGAAAAUUUUCACUGCUUUACCUCUUGGUAACCCCAUUUAUCAGAUGUUGGAAUUAAAACUAGCCAUGUACAUUGAUUUCCCCUCACAUAUGAAUCCCGGGGUUCUGGUUACCUGUGCAGAUGAUAUUGAACUUUAUAGUAUUGGAGAACUUGAGUUUAUUAGGUUUGACAAACCUGGCUUUACUGCUUUAGCUCAUCCUUCUAGUUUGACUGUGGGUACCACACAUGGAGUAUUUGUCUUAGAUCCUUUUAAUUAUUUGGAACAUGGAGACCUUGAAUACCGGUCUUGCCAUUGUUUUCUUCAUAAGCCCAGCAUAGAAAAAAUGCAUCAGUUUAAUGCUGUGUAUAGACCUAGAAAUCUUUCUCAACAGGACUUUGCAGGAGGUGACCCUGCCUGUUUUAGAUUAGACUCUGAGUAUGUCUACACAGAUAGCCUAUUUUAUAUGGAUCAUAAAUCAGCUAAAAAGUUGCUAGCUUUUUAUGAAAAAAUAGGCACAGUGAACUGUGAAAUAGAUGCCUAUGGAGACUUUCUGCAGGCUUUGGGACCUGGAGCAACUGUGGAAUACACCAGAAACACAUCAAAUGUCACCAAAGAAGAGUCAGAGUUGGUAGAGAUGAGACAGAGAAUAUUUCAUCUUCUUAAAGGAACAUCACUAAAUGUUGUUGUUCUUAAUAACUCCAAAUUUUAUCACAUCGGAACAACUGAAGAAUAUUUGUUUCAUUUUACUUCUGACAGCUGGUUAAAGUCAGAGCUUGGGUUACAGUCCAUAGCUUUUAGCAUUUUCCCAGGUAUAUCAGAAUACUCUGGUAAAACAUCUUGUGUUAUUCAAAGUAUACUGGAUUCAGGAUGUUCUGUGGCACCUGGCUCAGUUGUGGAAUAUUGCAGAUUGGGGCCUGAUGUUUCAGUUGGGGAAAACUGCAUUAUUAGCGGUUCUUGUAUCAUAACAAAAGCUGUCCUGCCUGCAUAUUCUUUUGUGUGUUCCUUAAGCCUGAAGAUGAAUGGACAAUUAAAAUAUUCAUCUAUGGCAUUUGGAGUGCGAGAUGACUUGAAAAAGAAUGUUAAAACAUUGUCAGAUAUAAAGUUACUUCAGUUCUUUGGGGUCUGUUUCCUGUCAUGCUUAGAUAUUUGGAAUCUUAAAGUUACAGAGGAACUGUUCUCUGGAGACAAGACGUGUUUGAGUUUGUGGACUGCUCGCAUUUUCCCAGUUUGUUGUUCUUUGAGUGAUUCAGUUACAACGUCUCUAAAGAUGUUAAAUGCUGUCAUGAACAAGUCAUCAUUCAGCCUGAAUAGCUAUAAGCUAUUGUCCAUUGAGGAAAUGCUUGUCUACAAAGAUGUAGAAGACAUGAUAACUUACAGGGAGCAAAUUUUUCUAGAAAUUAGUUUGAAUAAAAAGCAAUCUGAUUUAGAGAUAUCUUAA